GGUCUAUAUGACGCCGCAGCAGUCUGCAAGUCUUCUGAAGUGGGCUGCAAGCACUUUUCAGACAGCCAUGUUCAUAAACUAUGAGCAGGUGAACAUGGCUGAUCGGUUUGGACAGAUCAUGAUUGAGAACUUGCAGAGAAGGCAAUGCAACCUGGCUGGCGUGGAAGUCUGCUGGUCCUUAGAGUCUCAGAAGGAGCGAUUGUUGUUAAAUGGCUGGGAAACGGCAAACGCCAUUGACAUGAUGAAAGUCUACAGCUCUCUGCCACAGGCUGAUGUCAAAAGGUACUGGUGACCCAUCGCUGAUUGCCAG